AAGGCAUCGAGGCAUUGAGACAGCUGCCAUCCGUAUGGGACAGAGCCUUAUUUUCAAAAUAAGAGUCAUGUGAAACAAGGAAGUUUAGAUUGUUAAAACAAGGAAAACUUCGCCUUGGAAAGUUGUCCGUCGUUCUAGGCUAAGUUUUCUUUUUGUGCUGUUUUGUACUGUUUUGUAAUUGAAUAAAUAUUUUAGGGGUACUUUUUUUAGGGCCAGGAAUAUUUUUUACAGUUUUAAUUUGUAAGCCAAACACAGCGUUAGUUACAAUGUUUUAUUUGCAUUUAAUGGCAUGGUUUUCCUUCACGUUGGUUUGUAUGGCAGAUGAGACUAAAUUAAAGGUAAAACCCGACUCAAAACCUGUCCGGUUGUUCACCGACGAAGAACUGAGAAGAUACGAUGGAAGUGAGGAGGGACAGCCUAUUUACAUGGCCAUAAAGGGUGUGGUGUUUGAUGUUACGUCUGGAAAAGGCUUUUAUGGUAAGGGUGCAUCUUAUAAUGCCCUUGUGGGGAAGGACUCGACCAGAGCUGUGGCCAAAAUGUCACUAGAUCCUAAAGAUCUGACACAUGAUACAACUGGCCUUACUAAGAAGCAGCUGGAGUCCCUGGAGAGAGUAUUUACUGGAACAUACAAAUCAAAGUACCCCAUAGUGGGUUAUACCAGCAGACGGCUCCUCAACGAAGAUGGCAGCCCCAACCAAGACUUCCGUCCAGAGGACCAGCCGAAAUUCAAGAACAGUGAUGAACUUUGAUGCUUGAGAUGAAAAGGAAUAGUUUAGUCCUCUACAGCAGUAAUGUCAGAUAUUGAUCCUAGCACUCUUUGUGUGAGGUAAGAUUAUUAUCUGAUGGAGGUUUCAGUCUUUUGCGCAGUGCUUCCGAUCACUGCUUACGAGAAUGUAACACUACCUUUAGAAAUAUUUGUUCUAGAUUUAUUAUUGGUGUUUCAGAAUAAAAAGGUUUUUGUUUUGUAA